AUGAAGCUCACCGACUUCUCCGCCCUCACCUUCGAUUGCUACGGCACGCUCAUCGACUGGGAGACGGGCAUCCUGCAGUCCUUGCGGCCAUGGGCCGAUUCCCAGUCCCCUGCGCCCACCGACGGCGACCUCCUGGCGGCGUUCGCGGCGAACGAGAGCAAAGUCCAGGCGGCCAGCCCGUCCAUGCCCUACCCGCAGAUCCUGGCCAACGCCUUCCGGGGAAUCGCAUCCGAUCUGGGGAUUGAGGCGAGCGAUCAAGAUGCCGAUGCAUUUGGCGCGUCCGUGGGCAGCUGGCCGGCCUUUCCGGACAGCCCCGACGCGCUGGCCUACCUGAAGCAAAGGUACAAGCUGGUGAUCGUUUCCAACGUCGAUGCGGGUUCUAUCCGAUCGAGCAUUGCCAAGCUCGGCGUGGAAUUCGACAUGGUCGUCACUGCGGAAGAUGCUGGGUCCUACAAACCGGCGCCUGGGCACUUUGAUGCCGCCUUUAAAGGCCUGGGGGAGAUGGGCGUCCCACGCGAGCGCGUGCUGCACGUGGCGCAGAGCCUGUUUCACGACCACGUGCCCGCCAAGGCGUUGGGGAUGACGACGGUGUUUGUUAAUCGGCAGAGCGGGAGGGGUGGAGGGGGGGCCACGCCGGCGCCAGAGGUGCCGGUGACGCCGGACUGGGAGGUGCCGACGAUGGCGGCGAUGGCUGAGCUACACAGGCAGCACGAGGCGGAGUGA